UAAAAUCUUUAAUGCAUUCAUUAAGAAAGGCGUUUACAAGAUUAUUUACAAAAAUUACAAGACAAGUGUAGCACUUUAAUGAAUGUUCAGCAAAAUGUAUCGACAAUAUGCAAUUAGUCAAUAUUUUAGAUACAUUAUGAUUAAAAAUAAAUUCUUGAUUGGAUGUUAGUUAAUUUUUGAAGUACUAAUUAACCAAAUGAGUGAAAUCCCAAAAAAUAUAUGAACAUAGACAAUAUAAUAUGAUUGAUCUCAUGAAAAUCAAUACUUACCUAACCAAAAAAUGUAUAUGCAUAAAUAAAAUUAAAGAUCACAGCUGGGUGUUGUAUAAAAUAAUAAUUAUUGAUAAUUUGAAAGUCAUUAGUUUUAUCUAUAAGUAUUAGUAUAGGUACCUAUCAGGUGUCUAUAUAAUAUGUAUGUUUCCAGACAAUAAUAAAACUGUAAGAGAUAAAAAAAAAAUUACGUUUGAGUGUGUAGGACGUGGGUAUACUUUUACAUUAUGAAUGUUUGCCCCAUUCUUCUAUACUCCAAAGUAAAAAAAAAAAACGAUAAUUUACCGCUUGAAAUUAAACUAAAGAUAUUUGAAAUAAUAAAUAAAACGUAUAUUAAUAUGUAAAGGUUUUCAAGAACACCUCGAAGGGAAAAGAGUUUCAUCCUUCACAAUUUCUCAAAAUGGAAAAUUUUGGUGCACAGUUUACAGUCUGCAACACAAAAUCAUGUUUACAAUCUUCCGUAUCGUUAAUAAAUUGUAUGAAUGAAACUGUCGAACCAUGCGAAGAUUUUUAUGAAUUUGCUUGUGGUAUGUUUGAAACCAACUACCCUUACUAUUCAAAUACAAAUGAAAAUAGCUGGGUAACGAUAAUGUCGUUAAAAAUAAAACACAGAGUGAAAAAAUUUCUCAACAAAGAAAAUGAAAUAUACGAACCUAAUGCAGUUCACAAAACUAGGAAGUUUUACCAAGCUUGUUUAAAUGCUACUGAAGAUCAAGUUUCAAUCAAUUAUGAUCCUUUAUGGAAAGUUUGGGAAAAAGUCGGUCUAAACACAGAAUACCUAAAUGAUUCAGUCCCAUUGGAAAUCGAAACAAUUUUAGCUAGAGUUAAAUUAUAUUUUAAUCUGGAUAUUUUUUUUGAAAUUUAUGCUGAUGACGAUCCUAGGAAUUCAUCAUCACAUUCACUUUUAACUAUUACUCAAAAUUGGGAAUCAAAUAAAUACAAAAGAAGAAACAAUAUGAAAACAAAUAAAGUUGAUAUCGAUGACUCUUUGCCGAAAUUUACCGAAUACUUUAAUUUAUUGGUUGAAAAACUUUUAAAUCGUAAUCAACCAUAUCAAGGGAAGAUUAAAGUUGAAGAUCUCACGAAUACAACAAAUGAAUUAGUAGAAUUUGAGGAAGAAUUUUCACAAAUUCAACGAAAUACAUUUAGUUUAAAAAAUGACAUUCCUGAAGUAGUUACACUAGGAGAAUUUCAAAAUUUUACAGAUACAGCAGGAGAGACAUUUAAGUUUAAUUGGACAUUAUAUCUAAGAGAGUUAACUCGUGAUAUCCAACCGAAAAUUUAUGAAAUAUUGUCAUCAGAAAAUGCUGAUAGUUAUGAAAUCUUAGUAACCAACAGAGAUUUUUUAAAUGAAGCAUUUAAAUUAUUAUCUCAAACACCAACAAUAAUAAUAAAAAUGUCAAUACUAACUCAAGUGUUAACUAUUUUGGAUAGUCAUUUUCCAUCUGGAGAGAAAUUUAAUUCUGAACAUUGUUUUUCGUUGACGAGUGAAUUUUUCGGAAUGGUCACCGGGUAUUCUAUGAUAAACACGUUAGACAACUCCUCUAAAGCUGCAUUAACCGAAAUGACUGAUAAUAUUAAAUGGGCUUUACGUAAAAUGGUUAACGAAGCGAGUUGGAUGGACGAUGAAACGAAAAAUGCUACUUUACGAAAACUAGCUAAUACGAAAACUUUUUUCGGAUAUCCAGACAAUUACGAAAAUAUAAUAAACAAUUUAAUCGAAAACUUGACAGUUACGGACAAUCACAUCGAGAAUAUAUUAUCGAUUUCGAUGUUUAGCACGGCGAGUAAUUGGAAAUAUUUAACAGAAGAUAGAGAUUGGGAAAAUCAAACGUGGGCAGUAACUCCGGAUGAAGUAAAUGCGUACUGUUAUAAUUCAAUGAAUGCAUUUUUCAUGCCAGCAGCAAUAUUACAAGCUCCGUUAUUCAAUAACGGCGUACAGGCACUUAAUUACGGAGCCACGGGCAGUACUAUUGGACACGAACUAUCUCACAACUACGACAAUACAGGCAGGCUGUACAACGAGUUGGGAAAUGUGGCACAGUGGUGGUCGAAUAGAAGCUAUGAAGAGUACACGAAAAGAGCGAGUUGCUUGAUAAGUCACUACAACGACAUCGACGUCGUCAGCCACAAUAACACAUUUGCAGUUAACGGCGUACAAACACUAGAUGAAAACAUUGCUGACAUUGCCGGACUGAAAGAGGCGUAUUAUGCUUAUCGGCGCUAUGUAGACGUACACGGACAAGAACCUAGAUUGCCCGGUAUGGAACGUUAUAGUCAUGAGCAAUUGUUUUUCUUGGGAUACGCUAACCAAUACUGUUAUUAUGACGAGGGAGACAGCCAAUUUGACAAUUUUAACAGCCACAGUCCAAACAUGGUUCGUGUACGGGGUGUCCUAUCACUUUCACCGGAGUUUGCAAAAGCGUGGUCUUGUCCAAUUGGUUCUCCGAUGAAUCCAAAAAAAGAAAAAUGUCAAAUUUGGUAAUUCAUUAAUCAUUAAACAUUUAAACGACAUCAUAUUUUUUUCAAUUUUUUCAAAUUUAUUGUAUAUUUUAUAUAUUUAUUAUUUGAAUUAUAACACAUUUGUAUAAUGUUAGCUAAUAUUUAACAUGUUAUUGUUAUAUCAAAGAUAUAAGUUCCUUUGUAUAAACUAAAUGGUUUACCAACUUAUUUUUUGUACACAAAUUAUGUAAACAAAAUACACUCGUUCAAGAUUAACGUGAUUAAUA